AUGGCCGCAACCACUGCAACUGAGACCGCAACUAUUCCCCUACCAAAACAAGAGGGACUCGAAGAGCGCGCUGACCAGGCUGCCAUUCCCUAUCGAGGGCCGCGCCUGCCGGCCGUCCCCGACGAUCUUGUCGUACCGGGCAUAUUCGACAUUGAAUGCGACGAGCGCCUCUGGGUACCCCAGGCCCCAGACGUCUGGUUCCGCCCUCUCCUAUUCUCCGUCUCAAACGGCUAUUUCGUCAAUAUUCUCCGCGUCCGUCGCUCCGGUAUUCUCUCCCGUCAUCGCCAUGCAGGAGCCGUGCACGCUACGGUUCUGAAGGGACGCUGGCACUAUCUCGAACACCCUUGGUGGGCUACCGAAGGCGGCUACGCCUACGAGCCUCCGGGUGAUAUCCAUACGCUGGAGGUUCCUGAGGAUGUGAAGGAGAUGGUGACUCUGUUUCAUGUCACAGGGGCGUACAUUUACGUCGAUCCUGAUGGCGUUCCUGUCGGUGUCGAAGAUGUGUUUAGCAAGUUGGAUAAGGCAAGGAAGCAUUAUGAGGCCGUCGGACUUGGUGCGAGCUUUGCGGAUCAGUUUGUGAGGUAG